AUGAGUCAACCAAUUUCUUCUAACGGAAACUUAUCUUCAAAUGGUAGAGUAACUCCCAAAUGUGGCCACAAUGUCUCCAUGAAGUUGUUUGUUUCAAAAUCGGUUGCAAAUCCUGGGAGAAAAUUCUGGAAGUGUAAGUUUUGGGGUAAAGGAGACGACUGCAACAUAUUUCUUUGGGAUGAUGAAUUUUCUGGUGAAAGAGAUUUUGGCCAUUCGGAUGUAGGUUCAGUAGAACUGAUGAGAAAAAUUGAGAGAGAUAUUGCAAUCAAGAUGGAAGCCAUGGAGAAAAAGAUUGAUGGGUUAACAAAGAAGAUGAAUUAUGUUUUAGUUGCGUUAAUUUGUCUAUGGGUUCAUUUCUUUCUUAGUUCAUGUAACAAAUAA